GUCAGGCUGAUGAUAAAAAUCAGUUCAGGGGUUUGCUCUGCUUGGGAGGUCACAGCCAGAGUGGACACUGAACUUUGGACUCUAGCUGAGGGGUGAGGUAAACAACAGGACUAUAAAUAUCAGAGUUGCGAGCUGUGGCUUUGUGAAGCUGCAGAGCUGAGCAGAGAGAAGGAAACAGGCUAGCUGGAAGGGGUUGUGACAACCCCAGCGAUGUGGAGAGGCCUGGGGCUUGCCCUGGCCCUCUGUCUCCUCCCGGGGGGAGGAACGGGGAGCCAGGGGCAGAGCUCCCUCUGUAAGUGGCCCCCGGCCUGGACCGUGAGGGGCCGAAAUCCGAUGCUGAACUCGGUUGGGUCAGUGACUGUGGUCGCUCUUCUUCAGGCCAGCUGAUACCUGUGCAUUCUGCAGGCUUCCAGAUUGGAAGAGCUGCGAGUAAAAUUGGAGAAAGAAGGAUAUACUAACAUCUCCUAUGUUGUUGUUAAUCAUCAAGGAAUCUCUUCUCGAUUAAAAUACAUACAUCUUAAAGAUAAGGUUUCAGAGAAUAUUUCUGUUUACCAACAAGAAGAAAGCCAAACAGAUGUCUGGACUCUUUUAAAUGGACAGAAAGAUGACUUCCUCAUAUAUGACAGAUGCGGCCGUCUUGUAUAUCAACUUAGUUUGCCUUACUCCUUCCUAGUCUUCCCAUAUGUGGAAGAAACCAUUAAGAUUGCUUACUGCGAAAAGAAAUGUGGAAACUGCUCUCUCACGACACCAGAGGAUGAAGACUUCUGUAAGAAUGUAUCUUCGGCUACUGUGGAACAGACCACCGAGGCCCUGCAGCCACCUCAUCAUCACUGGCAUGGUCAUGCGCAUGGGCAUCAGCAUCUUGAAAGUGGUCAGCUUUCAGAGAAUCAGCAACCAGAGGCACCAGAUGCUCCUGUGCACCCCCCGCCUCCAGGCCUUCAUCACCACCAUAAGCACAAGGGCCACCAAAGACAGGGUCACCCAGAGAACUGAGAUAUGCCAGCAGGAAGUGAAAGUUUACAACUUCCUGUUCCACGAAAGAAGCUCUGACGAAAGGGAUGUAUAAACCAAUUACUCUGCAAGUUGCCCCAAAAUUCAGAGUUGGCCCCUAGCAGCUGAUGCUGACACUGUCGACACCUGGUAUUUGAAAAAACAGGGUCUGCAAUCACCUGACAGUGUAAAGAAAACCUCCCCUCUUUAUGUAGCUGACAGGGACAAUGGGCACAGGAGAACGUCAUUGAAUCUUGACAGUGACGUUUGCCUGCAGCUGCCUGACAGGCAAGUCAGCAGCUAAAGCCCACAGAAGCCAGCACCAAUUGAAGCUGAAAAAAUAAGGCAGAAAUGUGAAAGUGACCUUCAAACUAAAUAUUUAAAAUAGGAUAAAUUCCCCAAGUCAGUCUAGACAAUUUCUACCAUUUUUACAAGCUACCUAUUUAAUAGUGAUCCAAAAACAGAAAUUGGAUUUGUGCAAAGAAAUCUAUUAUACUAACUUCCAAAUUUUAAAAUUUGAGUCAAAGAAAUUUUCACCCAAACCAUAUUUUUAUUACAGGGCAACUGAAAGGUGAUUGAAGCAUUUGGUUAAUAUGUUUUUCUUUUUCUUUUUCCAGCUUUCUACUUGCAUUAGUGAGAACAGAAACAGAAACUAUGACCUAGGGGUUUCUGUUGGAUAGUUAGCAAUUUAGAAAGGAGGAAGAACAACAAAAACAUGUUUUCCAUUUUUUUCUUUAUUUCUCAAAACAAUAUUAUUUUUGUCUUUUUAAUCUUACAUGUUUAACUGAUUAAACUUUGAAACAAUUCUACUUUUUAAGAUCCAGAAAUACUUACACAUGAAUAUUUUGCCAUGACUACAUUUUAAAUAUCCAUUUUUACUCUAAGAUCCAUAUCUUGAUUUUUGCUAUCACAUAUCAAUGGAACCUUUAUAUCUUGUUUUCUUUAUCUAGCAUUGUAUUGAAUCUUUAAAAUUUGAGAUUGCCUGUCUUGAAAGCAGUAAGGGAAAAGAUAAAAGAAUGCUGACUAUCUCUUGAUUGCUUAGUAAGUAUUUCCAUAGUCAAUGAUGGUUCAAUAGGUAAACUAAGUCCUAGAAACCUGAAUUCUUUUAUGGUAAAUACUGUUAAGCAAGAAUGCAGUACACAGUUGGCCAAGUGUGGAUUUCUUUAAAUAAACUCAAUUAAAAAUGUU